AUGCAAGAGCGCCCGUGGGCGAGCCUGCUGCUUCUGUGGUGGAGCGCGGUCACCGCAGCGGCCGACCAUAACACCCCCAUAGUGACCUUGGUCGAGGGCCAGGUGCAAGGGCGUGUUGUACAGCAGCCCGGCGCGGACCUUGAGCAAUACUUCGCCUACCAAGGAAUCCCAUACGCGGCUCCUCCAGUUGGGAGCAGGAGAUUCAAAGACUCCCAGGCACCUGGCAAUGCAGGAAUGAAAGAUGCCCUCAUGGCGUUGCGAUGGGUAAGGCGGAACAUCGAGGCUUUUGGUGGCGAUUGCAAUCAAGUUACCUUGUUUGGACACGGGGCGGGAGGAGCGAUAGUGAAUCAUCUGUUGCUGACGCCGGAGAGUGAUGGUAUUUACAAAACAAUUCGAACAUUGGCAUGUGCAAUCGCUAAGUGGAAACUCUGCUAUCCUCUUAUAGAAGUGUCUGCCCGUAUUCACAUUGCAUAUGACUACGUAGACAAACUGACCGAAUUUUGGGAGGACCAAUUCUGGAAGAUCCCCUUCCUUCCAUCGUUGGAGUCACCAGCUUCCAGUCCGAGGCCUUUGGUGACUACACCACCAGAACAAUUAAUGAGGUCACGGAAUUUUCAACACCUACCCUACAUCAUGGGGUUCACCUCUGCAGAAGGCAUCGCCUAUCUCUGGCUCUCCGGAACGACAAGCAACGCCUCUCGGUGGGCGGACAUCGAGGAGAACUUCAACGCUCACUUCAUGAGGCUGAUGCCUCCAGGCUUGCAAACGCCUGUUGCUGUGAGCAAGAUGAGGCAGUUCUACUUGGGGAACACAACCCUGUACGAUGCUGCCAACAACCAGGACACUGUCAACAAAUUCGUUCAGAGCGACGCCGACGUCUUCCUGUUCGAGUUCGCCUUCGAGGGCGGGGCGUCCUUCUUCAAGGACGACGUGUACAACGCUUCGCAAGUGCCCGGGGUGGCGCACGGCGACGACCUCUUCUACCUCUUCGAGCGCGCCGCCGACCCGAGCGGCCCGCCGCUCGACGCGACGCCCGAGGAACAAGCUGUGCGGAAACCGCUGUGUCACGUCUUCCACCAAUUUUCGCGAAGACCGGAAGACCGG